AUGUCUGAAGAUAAUCAAAAAUUAGAAGAAAUAAACAAUAAAACAGAUAACGAACGUAAAUUCGACUCUUCAAAUCCUUUUAUACAAAAUAACAAAAAAAAUAAAACUUCAGCAGAAGUCAACGUCACAUACUCAGCAAACAGAUCAGCAAUGUCUUCGGUACCUGAGGAUGUUGCUACGAGAACAGCAGAAUGGGAUACUGAGACUGAUCGCGAUGCUCAAUCUUUAUUGGAAAAAAAAUUGGCAGCUGAAGAGGACAAAAUGCUUAUAAAUCCUGGUCCAAUAAGAGCUCCAACAAAUAUUAGAGUAACUUCAAGGUUUGAUUAUCAACCAGAUGUAUGUAAAGAUUAUAAAGAAACUGGAUAUUGUGGUUAUGGUGAUUCUUGUAAAUUUUUACAUGAUCGAGGGGAUUAUAAAACUGGAUGGCAAUUGGAGAAAGAAUGGGAAGAAGUGCAAGGCAAAUCAAAAAAAGAUCCAAAUGCAUUCGUUGUGGAGAGUAGUGGCGAUGAAAGCGAUGAAGAAUUACCAUUUGCUUGUUUGAUUUGUCGAAAUGAAUUUAAAAAUCCCGUUGUAACAAAGUGUGGUCAUUAUUUUUGUGAAAAGUGCGCUUUACAAAAUUUUUCUAAAAGUCCAAACUGUUUUGCUUGUGGUACAGCAACAAAUGGUAUAAAAAUUUCGAAUUUUGUUAUCGAACCAGAAAUUACAGAAAAAUCAGUUUUCGCAUGUAUUGUUUCCUCGAAUUCUCAAAAUUCUGACUCUUUAAGACGUGUCCAUCCAUAUAUCAAAGAGUCUAAGAGAAUACCUUCUAGAGCAACAACUAUACUUUUAGCAACAGAUCGUAAUGUAAUAGCCUCUCUUAAUCCUCGAAGUGGAAAUAUUGAAUGGCGCCAACUUUUUAAAGAAGACGAGCCCAUAUUAGCCUUUAAAGGUUACGAAGAAGUUGGAUUAUCUAUUUCGCAACACCAUGGAUUUAAUAUUCGUUUAUGGAAUCUUCAAACUGGUUUUUUAUUGUGGGAACAAGCAUUAAAAAACCCGGAAUUUGAUCCAACAAAUAAUCAGUACUCUGAUGAUUCUCCAGGCUGUGAUAUUGUUUUCGAAAAGGAUGGUUCUAGUGUUAUUGUGUUGAUUGAAGGAUCCACUAUAAUAAGCUUGAACAUUACUAAUGGCAAUCUUAUUUGGAAAUCGGGUUCCUUAGACAGUUCCUCCAUGACAUUUUAUAAACUAAUUAAACAUGACCAGAAGAUAUAUGCAAUUGGUCUAAAAAAAGGAUUCAAAUCGUAUUCGAUUGGAACAAUGUCUUUUGAUGUAAAGAGUGGUGCUGCGAAUUCGAAGAUUCUUUCUUCAAGCCUUGCUCAUAAGGAUGAUAUGAUUAUACUGGGUGGUGGUUCAAAUGAUGGAUUUAUUGUUUGGAAAGAAGGUGAACGAAUUCGAGUUAAUCGUUUAGGUACUAGCAAUAUUGAACAAGCUUCUUUAGACAAGUCGCUUUAUGAAAAAGUCAUGCCAUCAUUCCCUGCAAACACUAAAGCUAAAGAUAUUAGAUUUGUCGAUUUAAACUUAAAUUCAAGAAAUGAAUUUCUUAUUGAAACAUUAACAAAAGAUGGCUAUAGUUCUUCUGCUGUUUUAACCGUUGAUCCAAAAGAUGGCAAAUUGACAGUGACAGUUCUUUAUGAUAUGAAAGCAAAGAAAGGGAAUUCCAUUUAUGCUGGUGCUAUUGAUAAAAGCAAUCGUCUUAUAAUUUCUAGGAGUUGGGCAGCUUCAAAGGAUAUCAUUAAAGUCGAAAUUAUUGAUCCUGCCUCACAAUCGGUAUCAAGUAAUCAUGAAAUUUCAUAUUCAAUUUCAUCCUCGGGGGAGCUUGCAAAUUCUAUGAUUGAUGUAAUAAUUCCUAAAAACAACACUGAAAAAUUAUCUGUUGCAUAUCGUAUGCUUGCAAUUUCAGCUGAUGGAUCUAUUCAUUUUUUAAAAGAAAACAAUGUUAUUUGGGAGAGAGAAGAAUCUCUUGCACACACCAUACAAGUUGAAUUUAUUGAUUUGCCUGAAAGAAAACUAUGGACACAAGAAACUGAUGAACUUGCUGAACAACCGGAAGAAACUGAAUCUUUUAAUCCAUUGACCCGCUAUUUUAAAAGAUUAUUUAAGCAUAUAGAACAACUUAAAGACUUACCAGCUUAUUUGACUACAUAUGUACAAAGAUUUGUUACUGGUGACUAUUCUGUAGAACCUAUUUCUAAAGACGAUAAAGGAAAACCUAUUCUUUACAGGGACACAUUUGGUUUUCGUAAAUUGCUUAUUUUCCUAACAAAAAAUAAAUUAGUAGCUUUAGACACUGGAAAUAAGGGCCAGAUUGUUUGGUCGCGUUAUUUUGGCAAGGAAAUACGCUCAUUUGAAAAAUUAAUAGUUGUUCGUUCAUCAACAGUUAAAUAUCCACCAGUUAUUGUUGCCAUUGGACACCAGAUUAAAGAGGAAAGUUACCACAUUAAAUUUAUCAGACUAAAUGCUCUUACUGGGGAAGAUUUUAUAUCUAACGAACAUGUAGAAAAUUAUCCUCCUAUUUACUCAAUAUCAGGCAUUUCUCGUCGUAUAUUUAAACUACCAGUUGAAGAACCUGAUGAGAGGAUGCAUAUUAUUGCAGUAAUUGAUGAUGAUUCAAAACUUCAUUUAUAUCCAAAUCAUAAAAACUCUAGGAAAGCAUUUAAAAAUUUCACUCCUUCAUUUUAUUUUACAUUAUCUGAGAAUACUAUUCACUCAGAAGGAUUAAAAGGUUACAGUGUUAAUGCCAACAUUAGUGAUGAGCUUCAACAUUUUGACAUAUCCGAAGUUUGGAAUAUCCAUUUUCCAGAUGAUGAAAAGAUUUCUGCAAUUGGUCAUAGACCUCAAUAUGAAAAAGUUGCAUCACUUGGCCGUGUUCUUGGUGAUCGAUCAGUUCUAUACAAAUAUCUAAAUCCACAUUUGGUUGCAGUCGCCACAUUAUCAUCAUCAGAAUCCUCAACUGCAACAUUAAAUAUAUAUUUGAUAGAUAUAGUUAAGGGAUCGAUAUUGUAUCAAUAUAAACAUGAAAAUGUUGGGAAAAUACAUCCAAUAAAUAUUGUUCAAGUAGAAAAUACUGUUUUAUAUGUAUUUUGGAGUGAAAAUGAAUCAACAAAAGGUUAUCAAGUAGUUGUUUAUGAUUUUUAUGAAAGUGAAAAAAAAGAUGAAAGAAUAAAUAGUCCUGUUUUUUCAUCAUUUUCGCAUGAACGUCCUUAUGUAAAUGCACAAGCAUUUAUGUUGCCAUAUGGUGUUAAAACUAUCGGUGUUACUACUACGAAGAAUGGAAUAGCGAUAAGAGAAUUUCUAUUUGCAUUGGAUACUGAUCAAAUACUUGGUUUAUCUAAGAGAAUAUUGGAUCCUAGAAGACCUCUGCAUGCUUUAACUAGUGAGGAUAAAGAAGAAAUGCUUAUCCCAUAUGACCCUGCAAUCCCAGAUAAUAAAAAAUUUAUACUAAGCUAUUAUUUAAGUGUUGCUGGUGUUAAACGGAUUAUAACAUCACCAGCUUUACUAGAGUCGACAUCACUUGUGCUUGCGUAUGGUUUGGAUUUGUGGUUCACAAGAGAAGCACCAUCAAAAACAUUUGAUGUACUAAGUGAAGAUUUCAGUAAAGGAACAUUGUUAAUAACAAUUCUUGGAUUGAUUAUAGGCAUCCUUAUCACCAAACCAAUGGUUAAAAGAAAAGGGAUUAAUGCCAGAUGGUACUAG